AUGGCCCCUCCAAAAGCCAUAAGGAAGCCCAAAAUCGACUCCAAGCCAAAGCCGGACGUCAAACUUACCAAUCCCGAUCGCAUCGACGACCGAUGGAGACCUCCGCCCUCAAUAACAGAGCCUGGCUCAUCACCAGAGACCUAUAUAACGGGCAAGAAGCUAGGAAAAGGAGGAUUCGCAGUUUGCUUCGAAGGAAGGUCAAAGACAACAUCUGAGGUAUUUGCCCUCAAAGUGGUCAAAGCAAAGGUUGAGCAGAAGAAGAUGAUGGAGAAGUUUCGAACCGAGCUGCAAAUCCAUGCCAAAAUGCACCAUCCCAACAUUGUCGAAUUCCUUCGUGCCUUCACCAUCGACGAGUACACCUAUGUAGUCCUUCAGAUGUGCCCCAAUGGGAGUCUUACCGAGAUGGUCAAAGUCCGCUCCUGCCUCAGUCUGCCGGAAGUGCGCCGGUACAUGAUUCAGAUCUGUGGAGGAGUAAAGUACAUGCACAAGCGAUCUGUCAUUCAUCGAGAUCUGAAGAUGGGCAAUAUUUUCUUGGACGCCCGAAUGAAUAUUAAAAUCGGAGACUUUGGGCUGGCUGCCGUCAUGGCAGAUGAGCAUGAUCGUCGGACCACACUGUGCGGGACCCCGAAUUACAUCGCUCCCGAGAUUCUGAGCAAGUCAGGCAACCGUGGCCACGACAAUAAGGUUGACACCUGGGCCGUGGGAGUGAUAUGUUAUGCCAUGCUCAUGGGCACUCCUCCCUUCCAGUCCAAAACACAACAGGAAAUUUACACGAAACUGAGGACGUUGGAAUACGAGUGGAGGAUUGACAGUAAAAACUACAUUCCUCAACAGGCCAAGGACUUUGUGGCUUCGUGUCUGAACCUCAAUUCUAUCGAGAGGCCCGAGAUGGAUGAGCUUGUUGGACAUGACUUCUUCACGAUGGGUGCGAUAGCCGACGAGCUGGACACUUCUUGCCUCAGGGUGACUCCGACCUGGCUGGAAAAUGCUGACCCACGUGGGGACAAAGUGCAUUCGGGCUACGGCAUCAGUCACAGCAGAAUAUGCCGUGAAUGUGGCGUUGGCAUUGGCUCUGAUGGUCGGCCUCGUGCUGGAGUCGGUGCUGGAUUAAACGUCUCGACACUCGUCGAAAUCGAGGCUGAAAAUAGAGAAGGGUGUGCACCAGUUGUGCCCUUGCCACCAGGGACUCUGUAUAAGCAAUUUUCAGACGCCCACGCUGAAUGGACAGCACGCCAGAAGCAUCCUCUCCUGACGUCGCGCGUCCGCAGUCGAAAGGCUGUACCAGAACAGCCAGAGUCACUCCCUUCGCAGACCACCAAAGUUGAAACAGAGACAUUGCCAACUCCGGCGCUCAAGGCCCCUUUGCCGCCAGCGGGUGCCACAUCCAGACCGUUUCAAAGCUUCGCAGCCCAACAACGGCAGCAAGCAAUCCCUUCAGGAGCAGCCCGACGAGGACCCAUUAUUCCUCAAGAAGACAUCCCGAGGCCGGAACAGCCGCAAAUUGUUGAACCUCCUCAACCGCUUUUGCGAGAACGGCCCAUGCGAGCUGCUACCAUCCGCACAACAAGAACCACCGCCUUGCGUCAUGAUCCAGUUCUCCAAUCAUCAAGGACAUUGCCGAGAUCAACGACUGCACCUGACGGACUACAUGAGAUGGUCAAACAAGAACUGAGCCAGAACAGGCCGGAGGGUCGCAGAAUCAAAAGUGGGAUUGCCACAGUCACCUCACAUUUGGAAAGCCAGCCAGUGAAGAGUAUCUCGCGAUCGAUCGCAGCAGCAGAAGGUGUCACUGCUCGCCCAACAUCCUCUUCGACCAGCUUGUCAGGAUCACUGGGAGACGCGGCUCCACACGUGCUACAGCCCACCAGUGCAAACGACAGACAAACGAUUUCCGGGUCGGUAGAGAAGCAGCAGAGACCGGCCAGCGUCGAACAGAGACAACGAGCCGGAUCAACAACAGAUUCCCUGCGCACAAUGUCCUUUCCAAAACAUCAACCGAGAAUUAUUGCGGGCAUAGACCGUGCCACCUUGGUUCCCCAGUCUUCCAAUGUCGAUGUUCUCCACUCUCUGCAAAAUCUACACAAGGCUCUUGACCCCCGAAGGUUUGACGAGGCAGGGAGGCGGCCCAGGUCAGCAUAUGGCACCAGGAAAGUCCGCACACGUUCCAACUAUCCUCGGGUUGACAAAUGGGUGGACUAUUCCACCCGGCAUGGUAUAGCUUACAUCCUCUCUGAUGGCACGGUGGGAAUGAUCCUGAAAUCGUCGGAAGACAACUCUUUGCCAAGUAGCUGUGUGGUCGUCCGCCAUGCCAGCACCCACACCAUCCGGCGUGCCAAGGGACUGGAGUAUCAAUUUGUGCCACAAGGACCCGAUGCCGCAGACGUCGAAUUCUAUGAACAAAGUGACUAUGAAAAGGGGAUGCAGCGACUCGACGUUCCGGCGCGAAAAUUCCGACUCGACCUUGAAACACACCCAAACCAAGUCGCCGCGGCCAACGCGAUCCAGACCCGUCUAGAGGGCAGUGAGGCUGAGCGGAUGAAGGAGGUGGCGCUUUUGGACAAAUUCGGGAAAUACAUGAACAAACAGGGCAGGCAUGACGACUCGGCCAGUGGCAGGGCGGCGGACAAGGGCCAACAUUUUGUGCACUUCUAUCAACGAGUGGGCAAUGUUGGUGUCUGGAGAUUCGCAGACGGCGGAUUACAGUUCAACUUUCCCGACCAUACCAAGAUCACCAUCCACGGGUUGGCUGCGGAGGAAGAUGGUGAGGAUGGGCCGUACCGAGUCAAUUGCGUGUAUCUCAUGCCAACUGACGCCAUUGGGCUCGCAAGCCACGGUGGACUAAGCGGGGAAGCAAUGGAACGUCGCGACGAAGUGAGCUUGCCAUUGGAAGAUAUCAUGAGCGGCACGCUGCGUCGCUCGGAGAUGGAGAUUGUGCGCACGAACGAGAUCAAAGAGAAACUGUGCUGGGCUCGUGCCGUCAUCGGGUGCUGGAUCAAAGAAGGCGGAUUGGGCAAGAUGGGGGAGGAGAGGCUGGGCUGGAGCGGGUUACAAGAACGACGGGAUGACAAGAGGAUCAAGCUGCAGUGGGUGACAGUUGGGAGGUUUGGUGGUGAUGGCGAGGGCCAGGGAGGCAGCAAGGUCGGAAGCAAGCAUUGA